CGAGUCCUGUCUUUUCUAACACGGUACCGAACGCAUGGUAGCUACGCUUCUAUCGGUUCUCUCAACAUUUUAUAAAAAAAUGACCGAUCCAAAACAAGAGCGUACUUUUAUCGCCGUUAAGCCCGACGGAGUACAGAGAGGCUUGAUUGGUGAAAUUAUCAAACGAUUUGAAGCUAGAGGUUAUAAAAUGGUCGCUGGAAAAUUAAUUUGGGCACCUAAAGAUUUAUUGAAGAACCAUUAUAAAGACCUAGCAGACAAACCUUUUUACAAUGGUUUAGUUGAGUACAUGAGUUCGGGACCAGUCUUUGCCAUGGUAUGGGAAGGCAAAGAAGUGGUGAAGAUGGGAAGACAAAUGCUUGGUGCUACAAAUCCUCUUGCAUCUAUGCCAGGCACAAUCCGUGGUGACUUUGGAAUUGAUGUUGGGCGAAACAUCUGUCAUGGUAGUGAUGCAGUAGAAACAGCCAGGAGAGAAAUUGCCUUAUGGUUCAAAGAAGAGGAACUCAGUGAUUAUGAGUUUGCCAACAAAUCAUGGAUCUAUGAAUAACUGAAUUGUAAAUUUAGUUUUGAGUUGUUGUCCCUCCACAGUGACUAAUAUACAUUAGUUUAUUAAUUUAUUGACCCACUAACAUCUAGUUUCAUAAAAAAUUGAAUGUGUCACAUAACUAAAGGAACAAGUUCACGUCUGCUCAAAUUUCUUGGCUUGCUUAAUUUACAAAAAGCAUGGUCUUGAAUAUUUUAUUUUUUGGUCCUUCAAUAAUUUAAACUUUAAAUGUCAUACAGUUUUCUUUUUUAUUUGUCUGUACAAUUUGAAUUCGGUCCAAUAAAGAGGUUUAUGGUUUCCA